UACUCUUGCCUUGCUCUGUGUCUCUCAGGGACCCUCAGCCUGCUCUCCCUCUGUGGCCUCCCGCACUGAACUGACCAMCUUUUGCACUUGACAACAACCAAGAACCAUGGCCCAGCAACAACAAAUUAGCCUACCUGCCAAACUAAUCAACGGGGGGAUUGCAGGCAUGGUGGGAGUCACCUGCGUGUUCCCAAUAGACCUGGCCAAGACUCGUCUGCAGAACCAGCGCAGCGGGCAGCAACUGUAUAAAAACAUGAUGGAUUGUCUGAUAAAAACUGUUAAAUCUGAAGGCUACUUUGGCAUGUACAGAGGUGCUGCAGUAAACCUUACCUUGGUAACUCCAGAGAAAGCUAUAAAACUAGCUGCUAAUGACUUUUUUCGUCACCAUCUGAGCAAAGAUGUUGGUGGACUAACGGUUUUCAAAGAGAUGCUGGCGGGAUGUUGUGCAGGAAUGUGCCAAGUCAUCGUCACCACACCCAUGGAGAUGCUUAAGAUUCAGCUGCAAGAUGCAGGCAGGCUAGUGGCUCAACAGAGAGUAAUACCAAGUGUAGCAACAACUCUGAAGAUGGGGGGGACCAGUGCUGUUCUCAGCCGUUCCUAUAACACCGCCCCUACACAUCAGAUCACACGUAUUUCUGCCAUACAGAUCACCAAAGAACUACUGAGGACCAGUGGAGUCGCAGGAUUGUACAAGGGACUUGGGGCCACACUGAUGAGGGACAUCCCGUUCUCUGUUGUGUACUUUCCACUUUUUGCACAUCUGCACCAGUUUGGUAAGCAUUCAUCAGAAGAUCCAUCCGUGCCGUUCUAUUGGUCUUUCCUGUCCGGCUGCUUGGCUGGAUCUGCAGCCGCUGUGGCUGUCAGUCCUUGUGACGUGGUCAAAACAAGGGUGCAGUCACUCAAAAAAGGAACUAAUGAGGAAACCUACAACGGAGUGGUUGACUGUAUUAGAAAUAUCCUGAGAAAAGAGGGUCCCGGGGCUUUUCUAAAGGGGGCUGGUUGCCGGGCCCUGGUCAUCGCCCCACUCUUUGGCAUUGCCCAGGUUGUGUACUAUGUGGGAGUUGGAGAGUUCCUGCUGGGGUACACACCCUACAACAUAUACUCUGCAUAAACAGCCUGUUUCCAGACCUCUCUGGAAAUGUGAUAUUAUUUUAACUGCAGCAGCUAUGUCCUGGGCAAUAAACCCAGUUUUUUUUUUUUUUUACAAAAGUUUACCCUCUUUAUUCUAAGAGAUUCAAAGUUAAACGCUGAAAGGACCAGAAAGAAGCUAUUUAGUUUCAUCAUACAUUAAACUUGACUGUCUUUUGUUUACAAAAAGACUAGGCUUCUCUUUAGGUUUCAGUGAACCUAAGGGAUGUGAGUUGCUUCUCUCACUGAGGGACUUGUUCACACAUUUGCCCAGUGCAAACUAUAUCUUUCCUUCUGUUUUUAGAUUUUGCCCUCACUCCUAAAAAUAUCAUCACUAACCCCUGCUGUAACCUUAACCCUUUACACAUCUCAUCAUGUGAUUUUCCCUGGCAUCCACUAGGAAAUGUCUUGGUGUUGUGAGAGAAUGCCAUGUAACACUGCAUAAAACCAAACUGAUACUUGAACUACUUUUAUUUGUUUUAGGUCACAUGUGAAAGUGGAGUUUGGAGCGUAUUUUUAAUUUAUGUAUAUAUUGUGCAAUUGUUUUUAAAGUACAAAUGACAUUUUUAGAUAAAUUCUACCACAAGACAAUGAUCAGGUUAUGUCCUCUAAAUAAUCUGGAAACUGUUUGGACUGUCUUCUCAGUAUUUAGAUGUUUGAAGGGGCUUUUCUGAAAUGUUUCCCAGUAUUUGAUCACACAAUUUGGCAUCUGUAGUUUACUUUCAGAAAUAACUGUAACUCUUUUACUGUGAAUCCUUUCUAUGGCAGCCUGCAAACCACUGUUGCAUUUUAUGUGCAAUUUUAAGCAAUGUCAGCGGARAGUACAACACUUCUUUUACUUUAAAGGAGGCGUAGUUUAAAAAAGCAACAUAAAAUAAUGAUGAGAAAGAUAAGACUUUAUCCAGGGGUUUAAUAAACUUGAAGGACCAAGUCUUAAAAACAGGUGCAAUUUGCAGAGAUGUUGUCUCAGUCUGCUGUACUGGAUAAAUUAUGUUGCAGUAUAAAAGCAACAAAAACAAAAGUGCAGACUGUCGUCUGAGAGCAGCUUUAGGCUACUUUCUCAUUUUCUCUACCAGGAGUACUAUCAUUUGUUUCAAUAUUUGUUUUACAGUUGUUUUCAAUUUGAAACUGAGCACAGCUUUGAAUCUUUAAGUCAAUUUUUCAGAAUUACACAACUAAAUAAACAUUUCUGAAUGUUAAAUAAAUUCUCAUGACUGCA